UGCUGUAUUCUAUAAAAAUGGCAGCGAAGAGUGGUGGUUGUGUUGACUGGUUGUCAAUUGUAAAACCAAUUUUUACUUCAUCUUACGAAUCAUUUAGUAGAAAUGAAGUUUUAGAGCUUGUAAAAGCUAUAAUAGAAAAUGAAUCCGAAUUUAUAUGUCAUGAAGAACAAUACGAAGCUUUUUACACAUCAUUUGCAGCUUUAGUUGCUGAUUAUAUUAGCGGUAACAUUAACAUACCAAAAAGUCAAAUAGCAACGGUUUGGCAAGCAUGCAGGAUCCUUUUGAAAUAUUUAGUCAGCAAGCAGCCUGGAGAUGGAUCAGCUACUGUUUUGACAAUGAAACAAUUGUUAUUGCCGAUCAAAGCACUCUGCACUGGACAGUCACUGCUUACCAAAACCGAAGAAGUAGCAUUAAUUGCUAUAAUGAAAAAUUCAAAUAUCCCAUCGUAUCUAGCGACGGCGUCAACUGUUGGAGAAAAAGAGGGUUUUUCACAACUUAAUAAAGAUCUAAAAAAAGUACGCAAUGAUCUUUCUACAUCAAUUCUUGAACAAUUGACAAUGCCACUGCAAGAUUUUAUACCGAUUGUGACACUUAUAAGCGAUACACCAUCUGAGGUGAAUAAAAAUAUCACAGAAACUGGUGGAAAUGAUCUAAAUAAUGAAAUUAAGGUCAUGUUUAUUGCAAAUAAUAUCAGUACUCUUCAGAAUAUUGGUGCUGGAGACACUUUGCUUGACAUGUGCUGUAAUUUGCCACAUUUAUCCCGAUACAUGCGAAAAUAUCAGGCUUAUAUGAAUAAAAAAGGUUUUAGUUUACCUGCUAAUCACGCUGAAGCUCAUAUAAUCAGACAUAGUUUACACUCUGUUGUAAAUGACAUUAAUAUAGUACAUACUGUUCUAUCAUUACCAGUUCUUGAACCAUUAACGCCUGAAAAGCUUGAAAAAUUGUCAUUAUUAACUAUGUCUUGCUUAUAUUGUUCAAUCGCUAAUGCAACCGCUGCGAGCAUAGUCGGAGUUUCGAAUGCAGUGUCGCCCAAAUGUAAUACAAAUAGUUCAGGAACUCAAAACAAUCAAGGUGGAAGAACAACUGAAGAAGAUUACGAUUCUUUGGCUAUAACAGUCGUUGAAAAAAGUCUUGAAAUUUUUGGAUUAGUUUCCAACAUAAUUAAAUCUAGUACAAGAGCGGGUGGACAAAUAUUACAAAACCAUUAUUUAAUCGGUGUUUGGUUGUUGGUUGCUGGUCUACAAGCUCAAUUAACAGUUAGUAGUUUUAGUAAUGUAACGGAUAAAAAUAAAGAGGAAAAAGGCAAAUCACCCAGCAAAGUUCGUGAUGGAACUUCACGAAUCAACCUUAUGAAAGUUCAACAGGGUUUUGGAGUCUUGUCAGUUGCACUUGCUUCUCAUGCGCUUUUACUUAUGAGCGCUUUACUUGAAGACGUUUCAGUGGAAGCUGCUUACGAAAAUCCACUUCCAGAAGAGUCAGCCCCCUUAGAAAUUUUAGCAACUUCAACAGCACUUCAAAGAGCCAUGACAUUUCUUCAAGAAGCACCAAUUAAUCACUUACUAUUUUAUUUAGCGACUAUCAGUUAUCGAAAAGCCUGUACUCUGAAAAGAAUACAAAAACAUCCUCAAGAAGGGGAUACAUUGAGCCAGUCAGAUUCCACUACUUAUUAUGAAGAUCUUUUGAGUUUUUCUGAGAGCUCAACUGAUGAAGAACAAACUGUUAUGUCGGUAGAGGAGGACAGUGAACCUAUCUUGGGACUAUGGUUUGAAGAAACUUUAUCUCCUUCUGAAGAAUCAUCAGCUAAUACAACUAAGGAAACAAAUAAUGAAGUUGGUCCUGACCACACUACAACUACGAUCGUUCCUGAUAAUCGUGAGCCUCAUGGGUAUAUAUCAUUAGCGACACAAAUAUUUCAAUUCAUGAAUCAACAUCUCAUCGGUAGUCGAAGCUCUUACGUGCGAGACUAUGUAGUUAAUGGAUUAGUCGAACAACAAAUGGUGAUCCUCGCCGCAAUCAUUCGAGAUUUAGAUCAUGAAACUGCUAAAACUGAAACAGGAACAAUUUCCGUAUUUUAUGGCGCUACCCUUGGUACCAUGUACACUGAAUUUUCUCAAGCUUUAAGUCGAUAUACACACAAUUUACUGGCACAUAAUACAUUGAGCGAGUCAUUGCAAAAUACGCUACUUCAACAUUUAGGAGUUAGUCCCUGGACAUCUGAAAAUGGAUCAUCAACUUUAUGGCCCUUACAAGUUUAUCCCAGAACUCUCAGUGUUUUGGCUCAAAUUCUUUUACUUAAACCUCAGUCAGAGAAAGAAGCAGCUUGUAUUAGUAUUUGGCAGCGAUUAAUCACGACUAUAAUUGAAAAUGUUUGUAUUCCUCCUUCAACGUUCGAACCAGAAAAUGAAGAUCUAAAUGUCGAACAUGCACAGUUGGUUCUUUUUCUCUUUCAUUCACUAAAUUUAAUGCAAAAAAAAUCAGUUUUAUUGUUAACUGCAAGUGGAGCUAUACGAUGUAGUGAAGCCGUCAAGAGUCCGAUGAAUGACUCUCAAAUUCUUCAUCUAUCACGUCUUUUGUUAUUGCUCGAAUAUAUGAUGAGACAUUUAUAUGAUGCGCCAUCAACGUUGCUUGAACAAGUUCAGUGGAAUCUGCUUUCUGCCACAAGCUUAGCGCCGGAUACAAAAGAAGGUAGUAAACAAGCCGCAAGAGUUUAUACUCCUUGGAAAGAAAUAGAAGAUAAUUAUCCAAAAAGUGGAUCACAAGACGAAUUCACUAUGAAACCGCGUUUCUAUAACUUAACUAACGCCGAUUUUAAUAAUCAAGAUAUGCCAAAGUUAGAUGGAUUAGCGUGUAACUUUAUAUUAGGGACUACAGACAAAGUUAAAUAUCCUUUGCUCAUAGAUGCAUUAAUAGAUAUCCUUAAUGUUAUUAAUCAAACCAGUUUACCACGAAAAUUGCAGACCGAUGCAAAAGAUAAAAUGUCUAUCACUGGUUUAUGUGCUACGCAAUACUGUUUUUUUAUUUGUUGGAGACUUUUAUUAAUGUUGCCGCCUUCUACAACGUACAUGGAUAAAUUAGCUCUGGGUGAAGAGAUUCCGGCAGGUCCAAUGCUUUUGUACUCCUUGAUUUGGGGCCCUCGGACUGCUUAUAAGACGUUUGCUGGGUGGAUGAAAGAUUGUCUUGUUAAACAAGGAAUGUUUACUCAAUAUGCUGAGAAUCUUCUUAAAACAGUAUCAUCGACAGUUAAUUCCUUAAAGUAUGACAUUACAUUAGCGAAAAACUGUAUUAAAAUUUUUAAACCAGAGUUGAAUACUUCAGAUAAAAUAAUGCCACAAUCAUCAUUACCAAAGUUAAGUUCACUCACGAUUUUGGCUGCAAUAAUUGGAAAAUUGCAAGUCCUUAUGGACGAAAACAUUUCGAAAACACCAACGGAUAAAAUAGACACUAGUAGAAAUCCACAGAACUCGGAAUCAACGUCAUCAACGACAAAUAAAAUGAUUGCUGAUAUACUUCCGCAUGUAUUAUCAUUAACGGAAGUAAUUUUAUCUUCUUGCCGGUCUAGUGUUCUCUAUCAAAUGCAUGAACUUUCUGAACCAGCUAAGAAAUAUAAUUUACGAGAUUAUUUAGUAUUAGACGGUAUUAUUAGUGUAGCUAAUGCUAACUUGGCUACGGAAUCUUCUAUUGUUACGCUAUUACCUGUCGGUAUUCGUUCUAUUUUAGAUAAAUGGAAGGCCGUAAACGUAACCUAUAUACCGUGGAAUACUUAUGCAAAUGAUAUUAUUCCAGCUGAAAGCUAUAUUCUCACUAUAGUAAACCAUCACAUCAGUACUUUAUCAGAGUAUGGAAUCUUUUCAAUAAAUCCAUCACUUAAAAAUCUACUUUAUUCUUUAGUAGUUUUCCUUCAUGAAUAUGUUACUCCCGCCAAUGUACCGGAAAAUUCAGAAAUUUACAACCAAACAAUUGAAAUUUUGAUAUCUCUCACUGUGGACGCAAGAACUGAUUACUUACAAGAUAUGGUAUCAAAAAUUUUAACCAAAUUACUUGGCGGCAUUGAAAGUGAAUCGAGAAAAUUAAAAGAAUAUCUUUUUAUUCUAAAUCAUACUUACAAUGUUAUUAUUGAUUACACGAAACACAAUGAAUUUAUAAAUCUUUCCGUUGAUGGUAAAAUUCUUAAACAAUGCAUUAAAUAUUGGGAGCAGUUGUUAGACAGUCCUGUGGGAUGCAAAGCUUUAGAUCAAUUUUUCACAUCUUGUCCAAACCGAACACUAGUAUCCGUUCUUUUGUCAAUUUCAUCUCCACAAGCAUCUCAACAAUUCAACUUUCAUGUUCUUCACUUUUUUAAUAAAUUAUUUAAAACUGCUGAGAAAAUGAAUGACGAUUCAUUAGAUCGUCUUUGUUGUUCAGUUUCGAAUCUUACAAACGUCGAAAAUGAUGUUCUUCAGUCUUGGCUAAAGCACGUAAUUUUGGGGACUAAAAAUAACAUACCAAAUGUAUUACCAACGAAUAUACAAACUGGAAAAACUACGGGAACUGCCAGUACGUCUGAAAAUGUUGAUGAAGCUCAAAAAAAUGAAAAUCUAAAUAAUAUAUCUGAAAAUGAGCAAGUAGCUUGGCCAACUGCGCUAUUAAACUCUGCAAACAGCAAUCAAAUAUCUAGUUUUAAUGAAGAUCAUCAAAUUAUGCAAGAACACAGUCAAUUACUCCAAGCGCUUACAAAUUAUGUUGUCAAAGCAAAUAAUUCAUUAGACGAAAAUGUUUCUGCUACUAUACUUCAAGCUUUGAUACCAUGGGGUUAUCAUAUUCUGUCUUCAAGCAUCGAAGGGGCGGGAUUUUCUGAAUUAAUGCAAGUAAUGUCAACAUUGGCUGACACCGGAAAUGACAAAGGGCACGUACUACUUUUUAAAGCAGCAACUGAUUGGGUUGAGUUAUGUAAGCAGCGAUUAAUGAAUAAAGACUUACAAACACUUGAAAAACCAUUGCCGUACAUUGAAGCAGGCUGGUGUGUUUUAAAUUAUAUUGCUGAUAUUGUUAAUGCAGUUUGUCCUCUGCAAUUAUUCGCGUAUGAUAGAGCUACAAGUCCACCGUGGGAAGGAGCAUCUCCUCUGAAUGAUUUUAAUGAUGAUUGGAUGGAUGAAUUAGCUCACGAAGAUGAUGAUAGUGCUGCGGAAGAUUCUGAUGAAGACAGUCUUUGUAAUAAAUUAUGUACAUUUACAGUGACACAAAAAGAAUUCACAAACCAACAUUGGUAUCACUGUCAUACCUGUACGAUGGUUGAUGGAGCUGGUGUGUGUACAGUUUGUGCCCGAGUGUGCCACAGAGGACACGAUGUCACUUACGCCAAGUAUGGAAAUUUCUUCUGUGAUUGUGGUUCCAAAGAUGAUGGAUCAUGUCAAGCUUUGACGAAAAGAAGUCCACAAAGUUCAGAGCAUCAAAUAGGAAAUACUCCAACGUAUAAUAUUGUCAAUGGAAAUGAAAGCAGUACUCUAACAACUAGUAGACUGCGUAAACGAGCUACAAGUCCUGUUCAUUAUGAUGAAAAUUUAGAGCGUAAUGAAAAAGAUAAAAAGAAACAAGUUAAAUUAGCAAAACAGUUAGAAGGUUCUAAAGAAUGGGUACUGUCCCAAUUAUGGUCUAGCGGAUUGAUAAUUUCAUUAGUUGAACUUACAAAAACAUUAUUACCAGCAAUAAAUAUUUCUUGUCAAAAAAAUUCUUCAGUUGGAUGCCAUACUCGUGCGCAAAUUGCACUCAGACAACUUCAUACAUUAGAAAAAAGAUUUGAUCAUACUGAUCAACUGAUGUUGUCAACUUUAGGCUCUCAAGAAGGAGCAUUCGAAAAUGUAAGAAUGAACUACUCAGGUGAUCAGGGACAAACAAUUAGACAGCUUUUAUCUGCUCAUAUGAUUAGAAGAGUUGCCAUGUGUUGCUUAUCAUCUCUUCAUGGUAAACGACAGCAUCUUGCCGUAUCACAUGAGAAAGGAAAAAUUACUGUUUUGCAACUGAGUACUCUAUUGAAACAAGCCGACUCUUCAAAACGAAAAUUAACUUUAACAAGAUUAGCCUCUGCGCCUAUUCCCUUUACUGUUUUAACCAUCACCAGUAAUCCGUGGAAUGAAGACUUUUUAGCUGUCUGUGGUUUAAAAGAUUGUCAUGUUUUGACAUUCAACAGUUCUGGCAUAGUAUCAGAUCAUUUAGUUCUUCAUCCACAACGCGAACCUGGUAAUUUUAUUAUCAAAGCCAUAUGGUUACCUGGUUCUCAAACUCAACUGUCAUUAGUUACCGCUGAUUUUGUUAAAAUUUAUGACCUCAGCAAAGACGCACUUAGUCCUCAAUAUUAUUUCCUUGUCCCAAUUGGUAAAAUCAGAGAUUGUACGUUUGUACACACUGAAGAUGGAGUUUUUUACCUCCUUCUUAUGUCAUCUGCGGGAUAUAUUUACAGCCAAGCUAUGACCGAUGAAAGUUCUGCGAAGCAUGGUCCAUUUUACGUCACCAACACUUUAGAUAUUUAUCAUCCAGAAAUUAAGGAUUACGGACAAGUUGGUGGUGGCGGAGUUUCUCUCUAUUAUUCUCAUGCACUUCAGUUACUAUUUUUCAGUUACACAUGUGGUAAAAGUUUUAUUGCGCCUCUAAAAAACAUGGACGCAGACAUAACUACUGUGUUUAUGAUAAAUCUUCAAAGUAAUAAAUCAAAUGGCAAUAAAUCUAAUAAUAAUCAGCCUCAACCUCUUUGUCAAUGGAGCGAAGUCGCUAAUCAUCCAGGAUUAGUUUGUUCUGUGUUUCAAACAAGUAAUAAUCCAGUAAUAUUAAUGAUAAAACCUGAUGUGAUAAUGGUACAAGAAAUCAGGGUCGUUCCCAAAGCAAAAAUAAUGGAUAUGGUAGCAAUAAGACAUCCAAGUUCUAAUGCUGAGCACAGAACGACUCUUAUACUCCUUUGCGAAGACGGCAGCUUAAGAAUCUAUAUGGCUGCAAUGGAACAAACUGGAUUCUGGAUGUCUGCGAACGUUCAAUCCCUUGGCACUAUUACUGGGAUAAAACAAAACAGGAAAAAAAAAGCAGCUAAAAUUGGCAAACCUUCAGGAUUAGUAUCUUUUCCAAUAGACUUUUUUGAACAUUGUCAACUAAUGAAUGAUGUUGAAUUUGGAGGCAAUGAUUUACUACAAAUCUACAAUGUUGCUCAAAUAAAGCAUCGACUGAAUACCACUGGAAUGUAUGUUGUUUCUACAAAAGCUAUUGGUUUUAAUGUGGAAGUUAUUAAUAAUGAUCCCACGCUAGUCAUUACCGGCAUUAGAGUCCAACUUGGAAGUCAAGACAUUCAAAGAGCUCCACUUUAUGUUGAAGUUUUUGGUAGAAGUAUUCGUACUUCUUUAACACGAAGUCGUUGGUUCGACAUUCCAUUGACAAGGGAAGAAAGUCUUCAAGCUGAUAAAAAGCUAGUAAUUACUUUUGGACUUUCGCAAGACCCAGAUGUUAUUAUGGUCGAUUCAAUAAAAAUAUACGGUAAAACAAAAGAUGCCUUUGGUUGGCCUGAGGAGCCUGAUGAAAUAUUAACUGGACAAACAACACCCGCACCAAUUGCGAGCUCAACGGUCAAUACUGAAAGUGAAAACGCUGUCGUUGCGACUCCACUUACAUCGCUUGAUAAAAUGGUUUUGAGUAUUCUGGAAGUCUUAGAGCCUUCAUUCGCUUUAUUCGCUAACGACGAAAGCAAAUCAUCUCUUCGAAGUGCAGCAAUAGAUGUGGCGUCACGUCUCCUUACGUUACCUGUUCCCCCGUUGGUUCAAAUCCGUACGACAGCACUUCUUGCAGCAUUACACCAUUCUAAAUCAGCAUAUUAUUUCCAUAAAGAUCAAAUUCUGCUUACACACGUACUUGAGUCAUUAAAAGUAAUGCGAACUCUUAAUGAGACAUGGAUGGAUGCUGAAAACUUUUAUAGACUUGUACUUAUUGUUCGAAGUAUUGCAAUCGCCCGUCCAUACAAUCUUACGAAAUUUGCUGAGCAAAAUACAGCAAAACCUAUAAAUGAAAAUAUCAUACCAAUUUUCGAGAACGACCGUAUUGCUUAUUAUAGUCAACGAUCUGGAAUUGAAAACGAACAACAUUUAGUUUUACAACUGAUGGACGUUUUUUGGAUGCUUCAUAUGGCAUAUCCAAAAAAUUUAGCUUUGGGACCUGUAGUAGUGCCUGGUUUGACCCACACUGAAGCUGUAACAUACGCCAUGAUAGAAAUAAUUCACGCUUUUACAAUGUGUGAUGCUGAAUGGAAUUCUGGUAUUGCUGCUAAACUGUACAUUCAACUUCUUUUAUCAUCUGAUAUUGCAGUCAGUUCUAGCGCCAAGCAAGCCAUCGUAAAAGUAUUGAAACCUCGGUUCAAAAGAGGAAGAGUUUAUGGAUCAAGUCCACCGCAUUGUGAUACACCUGGCGCAGCCACAGACAUGGAUAAAGAAGCAGACAUUUCAUCUACAUUACAAUCUCAGGAUACUAAAGAAUAUGAUAAUCAAUACGAUAUUGAGAUGGUUGAACCUAUGGCACUUCUUGAAGCGAACUCAAAUCUGGCUAGCGGAAUUCCAACUCCAAAUUCUUUAGAAACUCUUCUUGAGUCAAGGCGAUUCCCUCAACUUCUCGAACUUCCAGCAGACGCGGAUGAUGAAACAAUGGUAGAACUAGCUAUUGCUUUGAGUUUACAAGACCAUGAAAGUGGUGCAGAUUUACAAACUGUUCAGCAAAAUUUUCAACAAGGAUUAAUCAAUCUACAAAGUAUCCGGAGUAUUCCAAACUUAAGUGGAUCUGCUUUACAGAAUCUUCAAACCCGAGCUAUACAAGAAUUAGGUAACGCACCAGGAUCAGCUUCAGGACAAGAUGCAAGUCGUUAUUCCGAUACAGGUACUUCCGCUGGAGGAUCUGAAGAUGAAGGAUCAGCAGUGGUUGUGGAUGCAAGUACUUUGCAAACAUCUCUUGCUGAACAAGGAGGAAGUGGUGGCAGUAAAGAAAGUGAGAGUGGAGGCAGUGAAAGUGGUGGUAGUGCUGUAGACAGUAUAACAUGCGAGCACAACGUGUCAGGAAGAAGCUCAGCCUAUGGAGAUAACAAUGCAGAAACGGUUCCUCGUACAAGUGAUGAACCAUCAACGCGCUUAGAAGAUAAUUCUCCAGGUCUUCCUGCUACUGCAAGUAUCCCUCCACAGAGUGACAUUGAACAAGAACAAAGCAACGAUCCAGAAAUUGAAGUAACUAUUGAAGCCAUGAGUAAACUCCAAACUGUGCGACUUUCAUUAUUGGAAAAGUUAACUCAGUUUAUACCCCAAUUAACUAACGUAUCUGGCGUUCUUUCUAUUCCUUUAAUGCAAGUAUUUUUAGUUUUGACAUCAGACUUAGAUGGCCAAGAAGAAAGUGAUCGCCGUAGCGUUGAACAUUUAUUAAAUGUUCUUGUAGAAGAGUUAAACAUGCAAAACCCUGAUGUAGUUGACAUUCAUAAACGCAGCAAGAAACGAGAAGUUCACUUGAUCAUAAUGCGAUUGCUUAGUGUACUGAUGUCAAGAUCAAAAUGCGCUAGUAAAUCGCAAACCGAAAAUUCAAAUUUCGUUCCUCAAAUAACAGCUAAAAUCCUCAAUAAAGCCGGGGUUAUUAGUUAUUGUUUGACAUUAUUAAGAGCAUUAUUAGAGUAUUGGAAAACAACAUCAACUGAAGACAGUGAACCUGUUGUCGGUGGACAGUUAUUAAAAGAACAUUUAACUGUAUCACCCCCUGAUAUGUCUCCAUUUUUCUUACGGCAAUAUGUUAAAGGUCACGCUGUUGAUGUUUUUAAACCUUAUCCCCAGUUAUUAACAGAAAUGGCUCUACGGCUACCGUAUCAAGUUCACAAGUACGGAGAAAAUAUUUCAAUCCAUCCGUCAUUCGAUCAGCAGGCCUGGUACUUUUAUCUAUGUGAAUAUAUGAUGCUUUAUCAAACGCCAUUUAUUAGACGUCAAGUGCGAAAACUUCUACAGUUUAUAUGUGGCAACAAAGAAAAAUAUAGACAAUUACGAGACUUACACGCUCUUGUUUCUCAUAUGCAAAGCGUUCAACAACUUUGUAAUUCUGGAGGAUAUGAUCCGUUCCAAACACAUUUACAUUCUAUCAACUUGCCAUAUGAUUCCUUAGUUGAGCUCAUGGAACACUUGAAGUGCUGUGUUGAAGUGGCAACAAGUCGAACAGGAAAUUGGCAAAGAUUUUGUCUCAAACAAAAUACCAUACUUUCGUAUCUCUUUACAAUUUCUACGCUACUCAAUGAAGGUGUCAGUCCUACCGUUCUCCAACUUCUUCAAUGCGCUAUUUGUUCUUCGACAAAGCCAAGAGAUACAAAAGUUAAAGAGUCUAAAUUAAUAACAAAUUUAAAAGAGCGCAGAGAUCGUGCUAAAUCGGAAGAUUUAGAUAUCGAAGCUAAAUUCGAAGAAACUCAAUGCGUUAUUUUAGUAGAACAAAUUCAGAAACAGAUUUCGCCUGUUUUGCUGAUAAAAUUCAUUAAGGCAUUUUUGCUGGAAACUAACAACACUAAUGUUCGAUGGCAAGCCCAUUCAUUGAUUUUGGCAAUAUAUAAAAACAGCGGGCCAUCAAAUCAAGAAGCUCUAUUGGAUCUUCUUUGGAACUUGUGGCCACUUCUUCCUGUUUACGGACGUAAAGCCGCACAAUUUGUUGAUCUUCUCGGUUACUUUUCGUUAAAAACUCCUGAUGCUGGUAAGAAAAUGCAUUCUUACAUGGAACAAGCUAUUGCAGUUCUUCAUACUCAGAAUCAACUACUUGCUUGUCAUCCUAGCGCAAAUUUGUACAGAAUGUUGACACAAUUCGUAGAAUUGGAUGGAUAUUAUUUAGAAAGUGAACCUUGUCUAGUUUGUAAUAAUCCAGAAGUUCCAAUGGCUACAAUAAAGCUUUCUUCUAUUAAAGUUGAUUCGAAAUUCACUACCACAACACAGAUGGUAAAAUUGGUAUCUAGUCAUACUAUAAGUCGUAUAAUUUUACGUAUUGGUGAUUUGAAAAGAGUAAAAAUGGUUAGAACCAUUAAUAUUUUUUACAAUAAUAAAUCUGUACAAGCAGUAGUUGAAUUGAAAAAUAAACCAGCGAUGUGGUACAAAGCAAAAAAAGUAACUCUGAUUCAAGGUCAAACCGAAGUAAAAAUGGAGUUUCCAUUACCAAUCAUAGCGUGUAAUUUAAUGAUUGAGUACGCAGACUUUUUUGAAAAUAUCCAAGCUUCUUCAGAGACUCUACAGUGUCCCAGGUGCUCUGCUAGUGUUCCAGCAAAUCCUGGUGUCUGUGCUAAUUGUGGCGAGAAUGUUUUUCAAUGUCACAAGUGUCGAGCUAUUAAUUACGAUGAGAAGGAUCCGUUUUUGUGUCAUGCGUGUGGAUUUUGCAAGUACGCUAAGUUUGAUUAUACUUUCACCGCUCGACCUUGCUGUGCUGUUGAUCCUAUUGAAAAUGAUGAAGAUCGAAAAAGAACAGUAGUAACUAUCAAUACUUGGCUUGAAAAAGCCGAUCGUAUUUAUAAAACUCUAACAUCAAACAAGCCAACUCUCGAGAUGCUUUUGAUGAAAAUAGCCGAACACAAACUAGACAGAAGCAUUGAAGAAGGAAUCCAAGUAUCUAAUAAUAUUCAAGUUAAUCGAACAAUCCAGUUGUUAGCUCAGCGAUAUUGUGGAGACUGUAAAACUUCGUUUGAAGAAUUAAGUAAAAUAAUUCAGCGUGUUAUUGCCUGGCGUCGGGAACUUGUAGCCUAUGACAGAAACCAAAGAGGAGCUCAGAGCUUCUACAUUAAAUCAACAGUUAACAGUAGUAUUAAAGAAGAAAGUACUGUCCCGCCUGCGGGAAGAUGCUAUGGCUGUGCGUCUGCUGCUACCGAACACUGUCUCACGCUUCUUCGUGCACUAGCUACCAAUAAUGUUGCUAAGGAAGUGCUCUGCAAAAAUGGUUUUGUUCAGGAACUCAUCGAUCAUAAUUUAUGUAGAGGAACAAUACAAACACAAGAAGACGUACGCCAAUUGCUUUGCUUUAUAACACGCGACAACUUACAAUCAACAAAUGAACUUUGCUCUCUUUUAAUGAAUCGAGUGACAAUGACUUUGAGAGGUCGAAUCACUACUUCGGAUUUAGUUAUGGACGUCAGAUAUGAUAUGGCUCUUCUUGCUGCACUUUUGCAAAAAGAAGACGGUUGUUGGGAAGAAAAAUUGCGUUGCGUAAUGCAGUUAUUCCUUAUGGCCUGCAAAGAAUCUAAGAGCCCAGUUGUUAUGGAAAGUAUAAUUCUGCCUUGUUUAAAAAUUUUACAAGAUCUUAUUAAACCUGAUCAACCCAUGUCUAAAAGGAACAAAGAUAAAAUGAUAGAAUCGCUCGCAACCAUUCAGCUGCCUGAAGGAAUAAAUAUUGAAGUAACUAAAUGGCUUAGCAAUGAUUCAAGUCACAGUUUCAGUGAGUGGCUACAAAGAAUGCCAUCGAAAAAGUCCAUUUUCUCUUUGAAUAAACCUUUAAAGAAAGACGAAGCGCGAAAUCUUUAUCUGAUUGAAAAAUAUGGACGUCGUUGGUAUUAUCAUUGUUCACAUUUAAAAGAAAUUCAACCUCUUCAGCUGGUUAACAGUUCUUGGUUAAAAGAAGUUAUUUUUAAUCCGAGUUCAAGAUUAGCUCGACAGGUGGCUUGUAAUAUGAUUGAAAGUCUUUGUCAAGGUACAGAACGUAAAAAAAAAGUUCUGGUAUUACUCAUUAGUUAUCUCGAUGAGCUAAAAUAUGCUGGUGAAAAUAGUGCCGAAUUCUUGUCAUUAUUUCAAAAUCUUAUUAGCCAGGCUCCGUGGAAACAAUUUUUAGCCAUACGUGGAGUAAUGACCAAAUUAGCUGAUUUAUUAAUGAGUGAAAUAAAGGAAUUACAUCGAUUAGAAGAAACCACUUUAACGACCGAUUUAGCUCAAGGCUAUUCAUUAAAAAUGCUCACCGAGUUAUUAGCCACAUUUUUAGAACAAGAAAAUAUAAAACAACAAUACAAGGGUAGACUAGUUGGCGCCGUUCUCAAUGGAUAUCUUUCUUUGAGGCGGCUAGUGGUACAAAGAACAAGACUUAUUGAUGAUACACAAGAAAAACUUUUAGAAUUGUUGGAAGAAAUGACUUCUGGAACAGAAGAGGAAACUAAAGCUUUUAUGUCUAUUUGUGUAGAAACUGUUCAAAAAUACAGUCUACAAGACGUCACCACUCCGGUAUUUGUUUUCGAGAGGCUUUGCUCAAUAAUAUAUCCUGAGGAAAACGAUAUUGGAGAAUUCUUCCUUACUCUAGAAAAAGAUCCUCAACAAGAAGACUUUCUUCAAGGCAGAAUGCUGGGUAAUCCCUACAGUAGUUUAGAGCCUGGUCUCGGUCCUUUAAUGAGAGAUGUUAAGAAUAAAAUUUGCCAAGAUUGUGAGCUUGUAGCUUUACUGGAAGAUGACAACGGAAUGGAACUCCUUGUAAAUAAUAAAAUUAUAAGUCUGGAUCUUUUAGUGAAAGAGGUUUACAAAAAAAUCUGGGUUCAUGAGGGAGGUGAAUGUGAUGCCAUGAGAGUUGUUUAUAGAAUGAGAGGUUUACUUGGUGAUGCAACUGAGGAAUUCGUUGAAACAUUGAAUGCUAGCAGUGAACAAGAAAUAAAUAAUGAAGAAGUUUACAAAAUGGCUAACGUACUGGCAGAAUGCGGAGGGCUUGAAGUGAUGCUGGCUCGUUUGGCUGCAAUUCAAGAUGUCAAUCGAGCUCGGCCACUUCUCCAAGUUUUACUGAAAUUAUUUAGAUUAUCGGUAAAAGUUAAGAAAAACCAAGAAGUUUUGAGUCGCCCUGAAUUAGGAGCAGUCACAAUAUUAUUGGAAAUACUGCAGAAAUGUCUUGCAACUGAAUCUGAUAGUUCUCAAGCCAAAGUAACAGAACAGUUAUUGGAUAUAAUGGAAAUGAUUCUUACAAACGCUACUUCACAAUCUUUAAAAUCCUUUAAAGAAUUUUCAAGAACUCUGGGCGGACCAGAACAUGUCAAUGCUCUUCUUUCUUGCACUCAAUCAGCGGCAGUAAGACAGAGUACUAAUGUCUUAAUUCAUCUUGCUAGAGUUCUCGCAACUCUUACUUACGGUAAUCAAGAUAAAAUGAAUAUUCUUUACAAUUAUUUCAAACCAGUGCUUAAUUUUUACGAAUUUGAUUACGAACAUACAUCCGAAGAUGAACAAAAGCUAGAACUGUUCUGUGUCUUGUGUCAGGGAAUCGAUCGAAAUGUUAUUGGUAAUACUUUGAAAGAUUAUAUUAUAGAUAUGGGUAUCGUUAAAGAUGCAUUUGAAUAUAUCACAGUUUAUGCUCCGUGUGUAAAGCCGACGCUUUUACAUACUGAUAGUGAUGAAUUAAAAGAAUUCAUUUCAAAACCAGCUCUGAAAUAUAUUUUACGUUUCUUAACUGGUUUAGCAACGGAUCAUGAAGCUACUCAACUUACUGCAUCUCAAAUCACAAUAAACAUAAUCCAUAGGCUCGAACAAGUAUCUUCUGAUGAGCACGUUGGAUCAUUAGCUGAAAAUCUACUGGAAGCGCUGUGCACAAAUAAAAAAGUUGCUAAACUUAUUGAAGAAGCGCGACAAAAUACUCGUAGUGAAAAGAAACGUCUAGCUAUGGCAAUGCGAGAACGUCAGCUUGGCGCCCUUGGAAUGCGAACAAAUGAUAAAGGGCAAGUCACUGCUAGUGGAACACUUCUUCAGCAAAUAGAAGAUCUUGGAGACGAGACUGGACUUGUAUGCGUUAUCUGCCGUGAAGGAUAUAAAUUUAAACCAAAUAUGGUACUGGGAAUUUACACUUUUACCAAACGUUGUAACGUCGAAGAAUUUGAAAUCAAGCAAAGAAAAACUGUAGGAUAUUCAACAGUGACUCAUUUUAAUGUAGUCCAUGUUGAUUGUCACAUGUCUGCAGUUCGUCUAGCUCGGGCAAGAGAUGAGUGGGAAAGCGCAGCUUUACAGAAUGCUAAUACCAAAUGCAAUGGCCUUCUUCCACUUUGGGGUCCACUUGUUCCCGAAUCCGCAUUUGCUAGUUGUUUAGCGAGGCAUAAUACAUACUUGCAAGAGUGUACUGGUCAUAGAGAUAUAUCUUAUUCGUCGACUAUCCAUGAUCUAAAACUUUUACUACUUCGAUUUGCUCAAGAAAAAAGUUUUCAUGAUGAUACAGGAGGCGGAGGACCCCAGUCUAAUAUGCACAUAAUACCUUAUCUCAUACAUAUGGCUCUGUAUGUCAUGAAUACAACGCGAGCUAGUGUCAAAGAAGAACAACAAAUAAUGAAUUACCUGAAAUCAUCGCCGUCAUCAGCAUGGCUGGACCAAUGUUAUGAAGCUGAAGGUCCUUUAUAUCAAAUUACUCUUUCACUAAUUGUCCACUCGCCUGUUUUAUGGCAAGAAAAGAAAAUAAUACAUUUGCAAAGACUUAUUAUUCUUGCUCACCAACGGUACACGUCACCUUCAGGUCCAACUAAAACAAUUACUGACACAGCUGUAAAAGAGUACUCUGUAUAUAAAAGCGUUUUUAUAUUCUUCGGUCUCAUUGAUGCAAUUUACGCAAACUUCUUCAAAGAUGCAAAUUUAUCUGCUAAAAUUACAUCAUAUCAACAAUGGUCCACUACUUUGGCUGAUUAUAUUAGAGAGAAUGAUGAAGCUAUGUUGAAAGCUUCUGAACGUGUUUUGGCAACCUAUCGAGAUGAUUUAUUACUCUGCAAUUCAUUUAAUGAAUUUUGUGAUAUUGUCGGUUUACAUGAUGAUAUUCCAGAUUUACAAUCAUACAUAGCCGAUUGUUUAAGAGGGCUAGAAUAAGAAAAUAAUCUAGUAAUCACAAUUUUAUUUAAAUUAAUUUGACAAUAAUUAUAAAGAAAAUGAUUUAAUGGUCUGAAAAUAUUAGUAGUCUAUUAUUUUAUUAAUACAAGAAAUAUAAUUUCUUUCGAAGAAAAAAAGUCAAGUUGUCUCUCAAUGAAUUCGAUUAAAUAAAAAAAUUAUAAAUGUUUAUACUUUUUAUUUUUAUCAAUUAAUAUUGAACACCUCGACCACGAAGCGACUUUACUGUCGAAAUGCUAAAAUCACCUUAUUUUCUCAUUGAAUCGUAUUUAUUAUUUUUAAUAUCGCAUUAACACAUUAUGAAAAACACAUUAAUAUUAAGAGGAAACAUUAAUUAAUGUCUGUUGUUUGUUUUUUUUAAUUAAACAACAUAUAUUAUUAUAAAAAUAUAUUAUCGUCGCCAACUGUUAGUCGAACUCAAAAAUAGUAUGGCACAGAUAUCUCCAAAACAGCUUUAGAGUGGCUACAAAUAAAUGAUUUCGAAAUUU